AAGCACAUGCACGCAGCUGGCUGCCAGUUGCUGCCACUGCUGCCACUCGACCGGCAUGGCCAAACCGUCGCCACCAGCCACUCUCUGUCUCCAGUUGCACCGCCCUUGAAACGCUCUCGCACCUCCGCUCCCUCCUCGAGGAGCACGUCUUCACGAGUCACAGAGAAGUCUCGCGACCGAAAGCGGGGUGCACUCCUGCGCGACGGGAGCACCACCUGCAAGGCCUGCAGACCGCAGCAGGAACAACAAACCACGCAGCCCAUAUUGGACGCGCCCUCCUGUCUUCGACAAUCCCUCGGACGACGCAGAGAAAGACCUUCCCAUUCUUCAUUCUUCAGUCUUCGCAAUUCGUCAGACAUUGCGCCCUCUCAAGCGGCUUGGGGAGAUAAAUAGCGAGCCUCAACACCAAAACAUCUAUCAACCACAACAUACGCGCAUGGUGUCCUACCCCGAAUCCGCGGUCCCCGACCGCACCCUCGCCAUCCGCCGCCCUCCCUCCGUCACAUCGCACUCGUCGCGCUCCACCUCGCGCCGGCAUCGACCAGGCCACCGCUCGCACUUUGGCGGAUCCUCCUCCUCCUCCUACCAGUCGCAGAACGAGUUCCCCGUCUUCACGCACACGGGCGAUGUCGAGAUUGUGAUUUCGAAUGGGAGGAAGGAGCAGCGGUACCUGCUCCAUAAGCUGAUCCUUGCGCAAUGCUCGGGCUUCUUCGAGGCGGGGUUGAGCGACGAGUGGGCGAGUUCGGGGGAGGGGAGUGCGAGUGCGCCUGGGAAUGGGAACGUGAAUGUGAAUGCGGCGGCACUGGCGAGGUUGCCGAAUAGCUCUACAGCGACGGAGAAGAAAAGAUGGAGGUAUGAGUUGGACUGGGGCAAGGGCGAGGACGAUGUCCCCAUGCUGGUCCAGAAGAAACCCCAGCCCUCCCUCUUCGCCGGUGACGCCUCCCCCUCACACCCUCCACCGACCACACGGCCCAAGCCCGCCGCACCCGCAACCGGCUUCUUCCGCAGCAUGGCCAACUUCUCCUCCCUGCACAUCCCCGCCCCAGCCACCGACCCCGACGACGACACCUUCCGCGACUACGACAACCUCUUCCGCAUCUUCUACAACUACCCCCCGACCCUGGAUCCCAUCAACAUUGCGAAUGCCUACGUCGAGUGCAAGUCCCUGCUGCACCUGGGCGACAUGUACGACGCGCUGGACGUCAUCGGGCCGAGGGUGGACCACCAUCUCCUCCGCUUCCAGGGCCGGCUGUGGAAGCAGAUUGCAAAGUACCCGCCGAGCUAUCUCAAACUAGGCUACAUGGCGCGCAGCAAAGCCAUCUUCUCCGAGGCAAUGGUGCACGUCGUGGGCCAGUGGCCGGCAGGACUGAACCAAUUACGCGGCCAGACCUCGGACGCCGUCAUGGACUUGAUCGAAGACAAGGUCGACGAGCUGGAGGAGCUCAAGGCGAAGAUCGAGGGCAAGCUGUUCCGCCUGACGCUGUCGACCAGUCGGGGGGAGCGCGUCACGCCGAGCAAUAACUGGCUCGACUGGCUGGCCAUGAGCCUCUUCAGGCAGUGGCUGGCGGAGAACACGACGCCGCCUCCCGCCCCGAUACUGAAGCCUUCGUCGUCCUCGAGGCCCAGAGCAGGGAGCUCCAGCACGCGACCGAGCGUGGACGGUUCGGCGCCGCAUCCGCCGGCCCCAGCAGCAUCGUUCAAUACGGGACGCGUCUUCCGCCUGCUCGGCACGGGAGGGUCGAGCUACCUCAAUCAUGAUGAAUGUAAGCGGUUCCUGCGGCUGUGUCCGGAGCAGUAUAACAGAGAUAAUUUGCGGCGGUUCGAGAGGAGGAUCGAUGAGCUCAAGGAGAGGGCGAAGGACGUGGUGAAGCCCCUGAUGCGGAAUUUCCUCGAGCUGGAGAUGAGUGGCGGUGGGUUGCCGUACUUGACGUGUACGCGGUUGGAGGUGGUGGACUUCCCCUGGGAUGAGUAGAGGGAUGGUGCCGAGUCUCGUUUCUUUCCUUGUCCGUCUUUUGUUUGGUUUUUCUGGAAGGUGGUGGGUUUGGCUGUGUUUUGCGUUUUUGGUGCCUGAUACCCUUAGCCUUGCAUGGUGUCGUUCUUUUGAGCAAUGUUUAGCAUUAUGUCUAUUCGCGAUGUUAUUUCGAGGAGGGGGGAGUGGGUUGCUAGUACGCUGGUCGUCCUGGUGAGAUUUAUACUGACAAAGAAGAUGAUGACGACGGCGAAGACGAGGCAUGGUCGUUGCAUAAGUAUGAUUUGUAGUUGCAUGUAGAUACCAUUUUGCAUACCCAUCUUAUCCCACUUG